UUGAGAAUAUAGAGGCAUAAACCCAAGUGAACCAAAAUACCAGCCCAAAAAUAUGAACCAAAUUUAUGGAGUACAAAACUGCCCGUUUGUAAACUCUCUCUGUUUGCAUGCCCAACACAUUGCCUUAUAUCCCGAAGUCUGAGGUGGUGUGAGUUAAUAGUCCUUGUCACUUUUUGAUGUUGGGGGGUUAUUUAACAUUGGUCUGAGACUGGGAGUUUUCCCAAGUUGGAUUUCUGGGUUGAGUUGUGAGUUCUCUGUGGUUUUUAGGGUCUGCUUGAAUCCCACAGAGAAAAAAAAAACCAAAUACAAGGGUCUUUUGGAGGUCUGACAAUGUCAUCCUCCAAGAAAGAGCUUGAGGAGAAGCUUAAGGAGGCUGGAAACUCUCUCCUUAAGCCUCCUUCCAAUACUGAUGAGCUUCUCAAACUCCUUGAUGAAGUAGAGGGUUUGUUGUCAGAUGUGGGGCAAGCACCAUGUACAUCACUGCAAGAUGCACUUCUACCUGCAAUGACAGCGUUAAUAUCUGAUGUACUGUUACGACACUCAGAUACGGAUGUUAAAGUUUCUGUUACAUCAUGUAUCACUGAGGUUACAAGAAUAACAGCACCAGAUGCCCCAUACGAUGAUAACAAAAUGAAGGAAAUAUUUAAACUGACUGUAGCAGCUAGUGAAAACUUAUCACAUCUAUCUAGUCGCUCAUACAAAAAGGCCGUCUCCAUUCUAAAAGUUAUCGCGAAGGUCAGGUCAAGUGUGAUGAUGCUGGACCUUGAGUGUUAUGAAAUAAUUGCAGAGAUGUUUCAGCUUUUCCUAAAUAUAAUCCAGUCGAACCAUCCACUUGCUGUAUUUUCAGACAUGCAAAAUAUUAUGACAAUGGUUCUAGAGGAAAUUCAUGAAAGUGAAGAAUUUCCGUUGGAACUUCUCAGAAUUCUUUUAUUAAGUGUUACAAAGAAAAAUCAGAUUGUUUCACCUUUCUCUUGGAAACUGGGGGAGACGGUUCUCGAUAAUUGUGCGGCUAAGCUGAAACCGUAUCUCAUGGAGGCAGUGAAGUCCUUGGGUACUGCUUUGGACGAUUAUGCUCCUAUAGUGGCUUCUAUAUGCCAGCAUAGAUGUGAUGCCCUCAAAAUUGAUCAUGUCAGAAAGAAUCUGGGAACAGAGGUAGUUACUGCCAAUGCUGCUGGUCCGACAACAGUUGACAAAUGUGUGGCUGGUCCCACUAGUGAUGAACCUAAAAUUGUACAUGACCCCUUUACAACAUUACAGCGCUGCCAUCUCGCUAAUCAUUCCAAGGAGGUUAAUUUACAAGAUGGUGCUGAACCUGACAAUUCGUUCUCUGUGAAGACUGUCAAAUCAGUAAAUGAGCCAGAUUCGGGUACAACAAAGAGAGGCAAAAGGCCCCGCUCUUCAAUGGAUCCAGAGGAAAUAUCAGAAAUUGAGCCACAUUCAGCGCUGAAAAAGAGAGGCCGGAAGCCAAAUUCUUUAAUGAAUCCAGAGGAAGGCUACGAUAAUCAUUGGAUGCAAUCUGGAAAAAAAUCUCCAAAAUCAGCUGGGAACAGGAACUCUCAUGACAAGGGAUCUGAUAGUUUAUCCACUGAAGAUCAUCUUCAUUUGAAGGUCACUAUGGCAUCCACUUUGCCGUCAACACUUCAAGAAGUGACUGAGCCAUCCACUUUGCCAUCCACACAUCAACAAUCAACUGAAUCACCAAAUUCUCAACCUAAAGCAGAAGGGGACAUAGGAUCUGCUUCUUUGCGUCAACAAAAUGGCCAUCUUGAUGGAACUGAAUCUAGAAGAGGUCGACCAAGGAAGCAAGUAGCCAUAGCACAUCAAGAAGCUAAUCCUACUUCCCAUUCACCUGCAAAGGUUGAUUUUUUUUCAUGUGUUCAAGCUGAAGAUAGAAAUCCAGGAUCAAUUGAUACUUUGAAGAUGGAGUCUAAGGAGACAAGUUCUUUAAAAGCAAAGUCACGGGGACGCCCCAGGAAAUUUCCUGCAAAAACAAAUAAUGAGACCAUUAUUGCUUCUGUACAUGUUGGCACAGAGUCUGCAGUUUCAUGUGAUCCUGUGGAAAAACAACAAGAAUCAGCUUCCACUCUUGGAACUGUGAAUAUCAAUGAUCAGUCAGCUGUGCAAAAGGUUGGGACUCAGAAUGUGAGUGCAACAAAACCAAGGGGCCGACCGAGAAAGCUUGCUUCAAAAAUAAAUCAGGAAACUGUUCUUGCUUCUGAACGUAUCGUAAUCACAGAGGUUUCACCAGUCCCAAGUGGUCCUGAGCAAAACAUGCAGCGAGACCCAGCUGUACAGUUUGGAACUGGCGGUAUCAAGGAUCGAUCAGCUGGAAAGGGUAUUCAGACACUUGGGGGGGAGGACGCUCCUAGUAAAGAUGGUGCUGAAGGAUCUCUUAAUAAGAAGAUGUCCAACUCUGAGACAAAUAUGGGGGGAGAUAAAAAUGUUGUUAUAGGAACCCCUAAGAUUAUACGCAAGAGGAAACGUUCCAUUGCAAAGGAUGAGGCUAAUCCAAUGCCCAAUCCUGAUGAUCGAAUAGUUGGCAAAGGAAUACAGGUUUGGUGGCCGAAGGACAAAACGUUUUAUGAUGGUGUUGUACGUUCGUACGAUGCUGUUAGACAGAGGCACUUGGUGCUUUAUAAUGAUGGGGAGAAAGAAAACCUAAACCUUCGAAAGCAACGAUGGCAACUAAUUGAAGAUGAUUCAAAAGAUUCAUGUAUACAGUUGGAGCAAAAGAAUGAUACGCCAAAGACUGAUGCUUCUGUUAGACCACAAAAGAGGAAGCGGAAAGCAAUAUCUGAGCCAUCUGAGCAAGCAAAUGCUGGUUUCUCCUUGAAAAGGAUAUCUAGAAAUGAAGUGUCAGCUGGCUUAUCCACUGUUGAGUGUAUGAAGUCUGACAGUAAAUCUGCAGACCGUUCUACACUAAGUGAGCCUAUUAUCGAUGAACAACGGGAAGAUAAGUCCAAGGAAACUGACAGGUUGAUGGAUGAUAAAGGUGAGAUAUAUGCCGGCCAGUUGAAGGGAGAUAUGAAGACUGGUAUUGACUCUAUGCAGAUCACACCUGAGACUAUAACCUUGUCUAAGGAAGAAAAUCCGAAAGUUGAUAUUGGACCCUCUGUUAAUGUUGAUCCUAUAGAAAUGACAGGAUUGAGCAAUGGUGUAAAGGAUGCAAGUUGACCCCCUUCACCUGUGUUGAACAAGGCUGUGUAAACCACAUAAACAUGUAUCUUUCUGGCUCUAUACUACCAAAAGCAUCGUUGGGUAGUCUCUAUUUUUCCUUCUAGACAGAGAAACAUGCAUCUGGUGUUACUUUUAUCUCUGAUGCAUUGUGUUCUAUCUAGUACCAGAAUUGUCGGUUAGGAAUUAGAAUUGUUUUUCUUGUAGGCACAGUUACAUUCAUCUAGUGGUAUUUCCUCAUGCAUGGCUUUCAGUCUAGUAUUGAAAGUGUUGGUUAGCCUGUAAUUUGUUCCUUUCUUGUAAGCACACAUCUGAUGGGUUUUCUCAUAAAGAUUUAUGUUAGUGAGUUCUCUUUGUGCUUUCCCAUUACAACAGUCUGAUGGCUAUUGCCUUCAAAAGUGAGUAGUGUAUGCUAUCAUGUAUGAACUAUAGAUAAGGAUGGAAAAUGUUAAGCCUGAAAUUGAUUGGCUGCUUCUGCUCGGUUGAUGUAAUUUUACGUGAAGUUUUGUAUUAGUCUCUCCUGCGUUACUGCGU